GCCAUGGGAACGGAGCCAGGCCAGUGGACUUGUCUUCAUGUGUCUGAUCGCACACUCGACCGACAACCUGACGAUCCAGAGAGAUUACAUACACAGUUUCAGAUCAACAUGGACCUGCUUAUAUUUAUUUUUCUGGCUGUUUUUCCUGUUAUUUCUGAUGGAUUGAUUGUUCACAGUCGCUCUGGACCUCUGUUUGCUUCUCUGGGAUCUUCAGUGGUUUUGCCCUGUUAUGUUAAUGAACUCUUGCUAAUGAAGGAUCUGAGGGUGGAAUGGAGAAGAACAGACUCAGAGACUCUGGUUCAUCUGUAUCAAGAUGGCGAGAGUCGACCAGAGGAACAGCACAAAGAUUAUCAUGAUAGAGCUCAUUUCUUUACUGAUCAGAUUCAACAUGGAAACUUCUCUCUCCGUCUGGACAAUCUGAGAGCUGAAGAUGAGGGACGAUACACAUGUAGAGUUUACAGUCAGCAGGAUUCUGGAGAGACUGUGGUUCAGGUAAAAGAUGUUGAGCGUUUGCUAGUAUCAGGCUCAGAAAAAUCCAUAUCUGUGUCUGUGGGUGAGGAUGUCACUCUGAACUGCUCUGUAGACUCUCACAUCAAACCUGAACACAUUGAAGAGGUUUUAUGGAGGAAAACAGAUGGAGAUGAAGAUAUUCUGGUUCUGCUCUUCCAAAACAACAAGACUUUACAAGAUUCAUCAGAUGAACAAUACAGAGACAGAGCUGAGUUCUUCACUGCUGAAAUCCCCAAAGGAAACUUCUCUCUCAGACUGAAGAGUGUCAGAACUGAGGAUAAAGGAGUUUACAUGUGUCAAGUGUUUGCUGGAGGACUUUCAGCCAAUGCAACUGUAGUACUGGAGCAACUGGGUUUCUCAAUUUUACACACAAUGGCGUUGAUUCUUUGUAUUACUGCAUCUGGAUCUACACUUCUGCUCUGUUUUAUAAUCCACUGCAAAUCACCAAAUAAGGCUCUCAGCGACUCCGCUGUGAAGAAACGUAUCAGGACCCUUGGCUAUCUUCAUGUGUUUCUUCCAAAUAUUAUGAUGUCUGUGGCCUUUGUAUUCUGGGGUGUUACUGAAGGUUUUCUGUACGAGACGGUCUCUUGCUGUGCUCUUUAUAUACUGAGGCCUCUUAUGUUGCUUUAUGUUGCACCAUAUUUAGAGAAGAUGUCAGGUGAAGCUCUUUUCACCGAAAUCGUCAUUUUUAUAGUAGUUUAUGUUUCAGUUCUCACGCGUCGUGCUUGGGAAUCAGUUGUAAAUUAUGCCAAGUCUGACAAAAUCGUGGUGUUGGCUGUGUAUGGCGUCAUGAUUCUGUUUAUUGUCAUCGGCAUCAUUUACUUUUUGUCUAAAAAGAAGAAGAUGUCAUGCCAUGGAACGAUAUGUAAUUGGAUAUGGGAUCAAUUAGCAAUUGCAUCUGGAUUCAUCUUUUUAAUUCUUCCUUCAUUGCAAUUUGCUGUUGUGUACUUUGCUUUUGGAGCUGCCAGAGGAGGGUAUUAUGUGUCCAUAGCUGUCCCAGUUUUCUAUUUUCUCUCAUUUUCCUGUUUGUUUAAACUACGGGGAGGGAAAAGCUGUUUAGAAUUACUCAAUAAAACAGCAUGGAUAAUCUACAUGUUUAUCAUGAAUACAGUAAUGAUUCUUUACUACAUCACAAUACUGACAAAUAAAAGAGAUGGUGCAGGAUGGAUCUGCAUGGCUAUAUUUCAGCAAGCCCUGUGGAUGAUCGCAAUUAUUAUAUUUAUUGCCAGUUGGAAAACAGGAAAUAGGGGGAAAACAACAUCCUUGAAUUCCACAUGUGAAUACAUGCGUUUAGACUUAGAUCUAGCCAUCCCCUUUAAAAAGAUGCUGUAUGUGUUUGGAUCAGUUGGCGUUGUUCUACUGAACUCUGGUUCACUGAUGACUGAACUGAUACUGAAAACAGUAAAUGGCGAGCGUGCAGUGGGAGAUCUGAGAGUCAUCGUCUAUUCCUCUGAGAGCCUCUUUGCCUUUUCUCUGCUCAUUUUACUCAUGUUUGGAACCUGGAUUUCAGACAUGAAGUGUCUACAGUGUUUUCAGGAAGCAGCAAGGCCUUCUGACCUUCCAGUCACCAGAUCAGACCAGAACUGGGAUUCGCAGAAUUCAGCAAGAUCUGAAGAAACCCCAACCGAUGGAUUAAACCAGCAUCAGACAACCACAGAAUCACAUGAAAUAAUCCCUCUACUGAAUAAAGAUGAGGAGGCUAAUAGGAGUGACAUGAUAGAAACUGUUUCAGAGGGAUCUCACACAUGAACGUAAAUUAUAGAAAAGAUAAGAUUCAUAUUCAACCGAACACAUUUUUAUUGAUGGGUCGUCCAAAAACGGACAAAACUAUAAUGAAAUAGCUGUUCCAUACUAGAAAUGAAUGUUAAUUUAAAACCAAAAGCCCAAGCACACGCUACCAGCCACCAAGUUAGUUUUGGGCCAGUUCAAUCAUGUGGCAUGCAGAAAUCUAAUUAGAUGUUAUAAGUCAGUUUGUGUGGCUUUAAGAGAGCAAAAAUACAAAUAAACAUGGAUAAGAACAGACACAGAGACUCUGGUUCAUCUGUAUCAAGAUGGUGAGAGUCGACCAGAGGAACAGCACAAAGAUUAUCAUGAUAGAGCUCAUUUCUUUACUGAUCAGAUUCAACAUGGAAACUCUAUCUCUCUCCGUCUGGACAAUCUGAGAGCUGAAGAUGAGGGACGAUACACAUGUAGAGUUCACAGUCAGCAGGAUUCUGUGUUUUUAGCAAAGGAAAUGUUGGUUCCAAGACUAUAUGUCAACAUUUAGGAAAAAGACCGGAACUUGUAUAUUUAGAGAGUAGAUUAAUUUCAUUAAAACAUCCUGUACCCAUGCAAGUUUUUUUUCUUUUUCUCUCGAGACACAGUUGUUUCUUUGUCCUCUGUGGUGCUUUUGAAGGUGAGGUUGCAACAGGACUAUGGCAUGUUCACACAGGUGAUCAGGAACCCUGGGCAUCUUUCCUCUGGUGUUUUUCAGUCAGUAGUAAGAUAUAUUUAUAUAUAUAUUUUUUUUUUUGAAAGCCUGUUAAGAAUGUAUUUCUUUAUUGUUUCAAUGGCAAUGUGGCCUGCUUGUCACAUAACACUACGAAUGACCACAUAACACAACAGCUGUGAAUAAGUGAUAUUCAUUUUUCUUUUUUUUUUCUUUUUUAUAUUCACAAACCUGUUUAUUAUUUUAGGAAAUGUAUGAUAUUCUGAUUCCCAAAUAUGUGCAAGUAAAUGUAUUUGGUUUUCAACGCCUUUAUAAUGACUAUGCUUGUCCUAUGAAUAAACGCAGUGACAGCCGCAUGUGAGUGGGAUAUUUAUUAAUAGAGCUUGUGUCAAACACGACACAUCACACAUUGAAACUGUGGUUGUGUGUUCCUAGUACAUGUGCACAAUGAGGGAGAGAAUGUUCUUAAAGAGCCAUUACAGCAAUUUAACCUUUGUUACUCUGUAACACAUCAACAAAGAAUGGUACUGGCAAUACGGAAAUAAAAACAUGUUGAGCAGGUAUUCUGAUACAGGAGGAAGUGUUGUUGGUUCCUCCUGUAUGUAUUCCCAUUGCAUUGGAUAGUUUAUGACCAAGGCUCCUUGUCCACCUCGUUUACUUUGCCAAGGAGGUCAUAUCUGCCAAUGCCCACAUAACAAAUGGACUUGGCCCAAAUGUGGCCUCAAGCUGGCACUGCUAGCCUCCUCUCGACAAUGGCAUGUACCCUUUCAGCCAGAGCAGGGCCAUGUGUGGCAAUGACGGCACGGCGUGGCUCCGGCAAACAACAUGAGGGCCGAUUGUUGAUGGGAGGAUUGUUGCCCAGAUCAGUCCAGUGAUAUGUGGCCCUAAUCAGGCUAAGAUCUGGCAGCAUAUUAUGUGACCCAUGAUAAACUAGAUGAAUACAAUAUCGCAUGAAAAUUAUUAAAUAAUAACAUACAUUUUAAUUAAGUGCAUUAUUGUUUUAAUGUAAUCUUUGAAAUGGCAAGUCAAAACAUUAUAAUUUCAAAAUUAACAAAUCAAUCAACUGCAUUAAACUGCACUUAAUUAUAAUUUUAUAAAAUGUUAUAUUAUUUUUAGUACAAAUUAUCUUUGAAUCCUUACA